AUGGCUUUUACCGAUUCUGGGUUCGGAAAUCCCCAGGGUUCUUCAUCAACCUCCAUCUUCAGUAGCUUUGGUGGGUCUUCAUGUGCGGGUGGUUUCAGGUCAGUUUCAACAUCGUCCAAGUACGUAAAUGGGAAAAUGGUUCGUGUGACAAAAGUGGUAGAGAAUGGUACUGAGACCAUUACGGAAGAAGUAGAUGGUCAAGUAACUAACCGAACUGUCCGUCAAUGUGGAAAUGGAGCCCUGCAAGCAAUGUAUGAUAUUCGUGUGGAAUCGCUUAGUUGUGUCGUCAAGUCUCGGUUAGCUAAAAUCAUGUGUCAGCUUUCAAUAGCAUUUUGGAGGUGCAGUCAGCUGUUCAAUUGGAUUGACAUUCGACAUGGUUAUCAAACUAGACAUUCUGGUGUUCAUACGCUUACUAAGUACCACAUAUUUUGGAAUACUGUGAUCAAAGUGAGCUGUUUACAUUUGUACGAUUACAAUUUUUCAUAUGUUGAACAAAACACAAGUGAUAUCAGUAUAAUGCAUGUCUUUUUUACAAUUCUGUAG